AUGGCAGCGGUCUGUGCCGAAAAGGGCGCAGGAAGUGCAGUGCGAAUUUUUGAGCUGGUCGCACAGUUCCUGGAACAGUGCAACUUCACCACGGCUGCUCAUGCCGUUCUCGCUCAAUGCAGCGAACACGUUCCAGCAUUAGAGGAAGUGCUUCGACGCUUCCGGGGUCACAUUGACCAUUGCGCACUGUUGCUUUCAGACUUGGAGGCCAUCAAGCCGGGGAACAACAAUGCGUCAGAGGCUUUCAUUCAGGACCUCUUGGACAACCUUCUGCGAAAGCUGAUGGCUUCGGGGCAGUGCUUGUCUGAUGAGAAACUGCUGAGUUGCAUCGAUGCGACCUUGAAGAGCGAUGCCUUUCCCAAGCUGGAUGUGGCGGACAUCGUACUUGAUCCCAAGCAAGUGGACACCAGCAGCAUGCUGAAUAUCAGUGAGGUUGACACCUUUAGGUUUUGGGAAAGCAUUCAAAAAGAAAUGCAGCCACUACCGGAGGCCUCUUAUUCCGCUUGGCUUCACCAGUUAGCAAAUACUAAGAUGGUCAACCACUGA